AUGGUACCAUCAGAAAAUCAGCCUCGGAUAUGGAGAAACGGUUAUAAGCUAGGACAUGGAAAUUGGAAAAUUGGAAUUGAGAUCGCGACCUGGAACACGUUGAACCAUUUUAGAAUUGGUGCUUGCCAGAAUCUUUCAGAUGUAUUAGAAACAUAUGGAAUACAUAUAGCAGCCUUGCAAGAGAUAAGAUGGUCAGGGAAUGGACAGCUUAAAGUAGGAAAAUAUAUAAUCUACUUCUCUGGAAUGGAGGAAAGACACAUUUUUGGAAGCGGCUUUACUGUGCAUGAAACCCUAGAACCAUACAUAAAAGAGUUUAAUCCCGUCUCGGAAAGAAUAGCAGUACUACGAGUUGACACAAAACCUUUAAAUAUAGUACUAGUGUGUACACAUGCUCCAACAGAUACAAGAGAUGAGGAUAUCAAGGAUGCGUUCUACGAGGAACUGGCACAUACUUAUGAUAAUAUACCAGGGAACGUAAUCAAAUUAGUGAUAGGGGACUUAAAUGCCAAGUGUGGAAGAGAGAUACAAUUUAACCCAACUCUAGGUAAUGAAAGCCUACACGAGAAGAGCAACGGAAAUGGACUAAGGCUAAUAUUCUUUGCAGCGGCAAAGAAUAUGACAAUAAGUAGCACAACGUUUCCACACAAGGCCAUCCACAAAGCCACAUGGAAAUCACCGGACGGAAUAACAACUAACCAAAUAGAUCACAUACUCAUUCAAAAGAGAUUUCGCUCAUGCAUAAAAGACAUACGAAGCUAUAGAGGAGCUGAUUGCGAUACAGAUCACUUCCUAGUAGUGGCAAAGUUCGAGAUAAAGCUACAGAGUCGAAAACAACUAGAAAAAAGAAAUAGCAGAAAGAUAAAUCUAGAGAUGCUAAAGGAUGAAGAAAUCCAACAAAAAUACUCAAAAAGUAUUGGUGAAUAUAUAAAAGGCAUCGAAUUGAAUGACAUAGAUGAAGACUGGGACAAAGUUAGCAAAGCCAUUAAACAAAUUGCAGUAGAAAACAUUGGGAUGAUAAGAAAUGAGAAAAAAAAAUGGUAUAAUGAAAACUGUCAAAAAGCGAUAAGAAAAAGACAAACUGCCCAUGAAAACUAUAUUACAGAAGAUAGUGCAGAUACAAAAAGAGUAUACUUCUUAGAGAGGAAGAUGUGUAAACGAGUACUCCAAAGAGAGAAAAGAAAGUAUCUAAGUUAA